AUGCUAUUUGGAAACCCUGAAGUAAUCAUACACAAUUUGAUAGCAAAAAUCAGCACCGCCUCUGCUCCAAAAGUAGAUAAAUUAGAAACAGUAGUCGAAUAUGCACUGACGGUCCAAAAUCUUUGCACGACCAUCGAGGCAUGCGAGCUGGUGGAAUAUUCCUAUAACGUGGUUCUUUUGAAAGAGCUUGUCGAUAAACUACCUCCAUCGAUCAAACUCGACUGGGCCAAACAUCGACGUUCCCUCUCAGUGGUAACCCUUUCCGAAUUUGCUGAUUGGCUGUACGAUCUAGCCGAGACUGUUUGCCCGAUGGCAACGCUAUCCAACGUUCGAACAGGAAAAGGUGGAUCAGCUUUCCUAAACGUGCAUAGCGAAGAAACAUGCACCGAGAGUAGCCAGCAGCUCCCCAAACCAUGUCCAACUUGUGAAGGCAGUUGUUCAGGUCUUAGUAAGUGCCGUCGGUUUUUAGAUUUUGGAUACAACUCCAGAUGGUCAGCCGUUAAGGAAUCUGGGGUGUGCAGGAAAUGUUUGAAGAAGCAUAAAACAGCUUGCAGAUCUCAGCAGUUGUGUGGUCGAAAUGGUUGCACUUUCAAGCAUCAUAGGCUACUUCAUAAUAUUCAACGUGACAGUGCUGCCUCCUCAUCCCAAAUCAAAGGUCAAGUUCAUUCCAAUGAAAAAGAAGAAACGUAUGAGAAAAAAUCGGAUAAGGGUGGCUGUAAUACUCAUCAUAAACCGACAACCAAAACGCUGUUUCGUAUUGCGCCAGUUGUGUUAUAUGGUCGUGACAAGGUUUUGAAAACCUACGCUUUCUUAGAUGAUGGAUCAGCGUUUACAUUAAUGGAUAUACAACUUGCUGCAGAACUCAACCUGGAGGGCGAACGAGAACCUAUAUGUUUAAGAUGGACUGGAGAUAGGCAACGUUAUGAAAACAACUCGAUGCGAGUACAGCUUGAAAUUUCUGGGACUGGACAACAUGCGAAGAAGUACAAUCUAAGAGAGGUGCACACCGUACCAAAUCUAGGACUUUUCCGUCAAACACUUCACAUGAAUGAUCUUCGGCUCCAAUAUAGUCACCUUAAGGGAGUUCCAGCAGAAUCAUAUGAUGAUGUUCAACCUCGAUUAUUGAUCGGAGUCAAUAACGCAAACCUUGGAUUUGCGCAGAAGGGUCGUGAAGGGGGAAUGUUAGAGCCAGUCGCCACAAAAACCCGACUUGGCUGGAUUAUCCAUGGUGGUUCCGAAGGUGAAUUCUCUGGGUAUCACAAUUGGAGUGUCAAUCCAUGCUGUGAGAAUAGCGAUAAUAUCUUACAGCGUGCGAUGCAGGAAUAUUUCUUGCUGGAAAAUAUAGGAAUUUCAAAACCUAAUCAUCUAGUUCAAUCAGUUGAGGAUGAACGAGCUCAAAAAAUUUUGCAAACUAUGAAGCGAUCAAACAAUGGCCGUUUUGUGACCCGAUUACUGUGGAAGUUUGACGAUUUCCGGCUACCAAACAGUAAAAUCGUAGCGCUUCAACGUUUCAGAUGUUUAGAAGCAAGGAUGAAGAAAGAACCUGCAUUAGCUGAAGUUUUGCGUAGUAAGAUAAAAGAUUAUUUGAUCCAGGGUUACAUUCGAAAACUGACUCCAGCAGAACUGAACGAACGCAAACCACGUGUUUGGUAUCUUCCCAUAUUUCCCGUGUUUAAUCCAAAUAAGCCCGGGAAGAUAAGAAUUGUAUGGGAUGCAGCCGCAAAAACGCAAGGUGUGUCGCUUAACUCAUUACUGCUCAAGGGACCAGACCAAUUAACGUCCUUGAGUGGUAUUCUCUACUCAUUCAGGGAAAAAAAGGUGGCCAUCUGCGGAGACAUCCGAGAGAUGUUUCACCAAACACUCAUUGCUGAAGAGGACCAGGAUUGUCAACGCUUCUUGUGGAGGGAAAACUCUUAUGAUCUGGAACCUAGCACGUUUGUGAUGCAAGUCAUGACGUUCGGCGCAUCGUGCUCACCAAGUUGCGCGCAGUAUGCAAAGAAUUUGAACGCGUCGGAGUACGAGAAACAGUAUCCCGCAGCGGCUGAGGCAAUCAAGAAGAAACACUAUGUGGACGACAUGUUGGUGAGUGUUGAGACGGUAGACGAAGCGAUUAAACUUGCUCAAGAUGUGAGAUAUUUGCAUGCACAAGCGGGAUAUGACAUGCGUAACUGGCUCUCCAAUUGUCCUGAAGUGCUUAGGGCAUUAGAUGUAGAAAAAUCGAGCGAGAAAAGUCUUAAUAUCAUGACGGAAAUAGCCACCGAGAAGAUACUAGGAAUGUGGUGGUGUACUUCUACGGAUGCAUUUACCUACAAGCUAUCCCCGAAACAUGAUCGUGAUCUGCUUGCUGGGACGCGGAAACCUACAAAGCGGGAGAUGCUGCGUACCUUAAUGGCAAUAUUUGACCCGUUGGGAUUAAUAUCCAACCUUCUGAUAGCCCUUAAAAUAAUUAUGCAGGAGGUUUGGCGAUCAGGUAUUGUCUGGGAUGACGUAAUCCCAGAUACCAUACAGAAUAAGUGGGAACAAUGGCUGCAAGCCCUUCCACGAGUACAAUCCAUCAGUAUUCCACGCUGCUUUCGUGUUUCAACAAACUUGGGAGAAAAUACUGAUGUGCAACUACACACUUUCGUUGACGCCAGUGAAUAUGGAUACGCAGCUGUGAGCUAUAUUCGUUUCGAACAACAGGGAAUUGUUGAAUGUGCGAUUGUGUCGGCGAAAGCUAGAGUUGCACCUCUACGCUUUAUCUCCGUACCCAGGCUAGAGCUACAGGCGGCAGUUAUUGGUGCCAGAUUGGCUGAGACAAUAUCUAAUUCACUCUCGUUCAAAAUAAAUGAACGCGUUUUUGGACAGAUGCACGUGACGUUCUGUGCUGGAUACGGUCAGACCACAGACGUUAUACCCAAUUCGUAG